AAGCUGGGUGUUUUCAUAAUGCCUCCUUCUCAGGGGGCUUGGUUUUUUAAACACAGCCUGAGGUUUCAAUUACAUGUUGAAUUACUAUCUGGCUUCUAAAGCAACCUGAAAAUUAAUACUUUGUUACAGACAAACCUUCCAAUCUUCAAACUGAAGGAGUCCUGUGUGAGGAGACGAUACAGUGACUUUGAGUGGCUGAAGAAUGAGCUGGAGCGAGACAGUAAGAUUGUCGUGCCACCGCUGCCUGGAAAAGCUUUAAAACGACAGCUUCCCUUCCGAGGAGAUGAAGGCAUCUUUGAGGAGUCCUUCAUCGAGGAGCGGAGACAGGGGCUAGAACAGUUUAUUAACAAAAUUGCUGGACAUCCACUGGCACAGAACGAGCGCUGCUUACAUAUGUUCCUGCAAGAGGAGACUAUUGAUAGGAAUUACGUCCCAGGGAAAGUGCGCCAGUAGGAGCACCUGACACUGUCUUCCUCCAUUCCACCCUCCCUCCUGCAAAAAUGACAUUUAUUUUUACACUAAAUCUGUCUUCUCUGAACCAGCUUUUCCUCUCUUGAACCUCCCAGUUUGUUCAGUAUUCUCCUCUUUUGUAACUGGCAGCAACUUGUUCCACUGGGAUGUGGUCUUGGCCUAAAGGUAUGAAGAUUUAUGCAAGUGAUCGUGUUGUCCUGCACCUAGGGGCAGAUGUGAGUAGGUGUGGAGCAGGAUCUUGCUUAUAGUGUUAUGGUGUAGGAGCUGCCUCUCUUUGUACAGGAAGGUAUGAGACCUUCACUCCUCUGUCCAUGCAGCCCCAAGCAUCUCUGCAGGAAGAACUGCCUCUGAAGAACAGCAGUUGUCAUGUUGGUCAGUGAUUGCAUCAGGUAUUAGGAGUUUUAGUAAGGUUUAUCCAAAACAGUGAGUAGGUGCCUGGGUGUCUUGGUCUCUCAUCCACCCUGCAUGAACCCCCCAUUCUUCACUGUCUGGAAGCGCUGAGACCCAAGACCUACUCUAACCCUGCUCUCAGCCUCCUGCAUUACAGACCUGUUUGGUGUAUUCAUGUUAAUCCCCCUCCUUUCUAAUGUGCUGCUGGCAGCUUGAGGGGUUUCCAUGAUGUGUGCUCUCACGGUGCUCUGUGUGGGCAGUCUGUUGUGUGGAAGCUUGGGCAGCCUGGGCUGUGGUGUUGGGUGCUGCAAUGCCUUGGC